AUGUCGCCUCAAGCCCCGGACAGCCUCGUGAAGCUCUCCCGCAGCAGCAGCGCCACGCUCUGCGGGCGCAGCCAGCACGGGUGCCAGCAGCACUGCGAGCUGGUCCGCCGCGUCCAAACAAGUCUCACGCGGACGGUCACGGAAUGUCUCAUGAGGGAUCACGGGGAGGGACGAGUGAGCAACCACCUGUAUCAGCUGCAACGCGUGAAGACUCUCCGCAAGGCGGUGGAGCUGGCCGAGCGUCGCCUCGGGAACACGUGUCUGCGGAGGCUGGAGUGCCUCAGCCAGGAACAGACGCGGCUCAUCGGCAGCAACGUGAUGAGAAUACUGAGCCGCCGCCGCGCCACCACCCGCGGCCACAAAUUCCACACCCGCAACAGGCGGAACCGGCGGCAGAUGAAAACGCGAUCCACGAGCAGUUGCCGAGGCAGCUGCUGCUGUGAGCAGGCCAGUGAGACUGCUGCUGGUAGCGCCGUGGAGAGUCGCGCCGGCGACGAGACGACUUGCACUCCUGGUGAGCCGCGGGGGAAUGGGGGCGAGACAGGCGGCGGUCAGGUGACGGGGGGCGUGAGGGCUGACCUGCCGGGGCCAUCGGCGUCACAGCAGGCGCGGACUGACCCGCCGCUGAGGGCGCAACCGACGGAGCCGGGCCGCCAGUGGUGGCGGACGCCGCCUUCGGUGACGAAGCAGAAGCCGGAGCAGGCACGCCGGGGACAGAAGCGGGCGGUGCAACGGGGGCGCCAGGGACCGGAACAGGGGGAUCAACACCAUCCCCAGCAGGAGCAGAUGCCGACGGCCCAACAAGGAGAGCCAGGGGACCAGGAGCUGCAGCCGGAGCGGACGGAACAGCAACAGGGGCAGACGGGCCAGCCUCUGGCUCGGCAAGGAGAUCCGCAGGCGGCAACGCGCUCUGGCGACGGCGCAGGUGCACCGGCAAUCACCAUCUCAGGAGCAGGGAAGCCGCAGGGCUAG